AGAUGGAUGAAGGGUGAAGAUGAUUGUUCGUCCUCCAGGAAUGUUCAGGCGUCGCGGCGACAGAUCCAAAAGGGAGUUCGUCUUGUUCUCUCCUCAUCAGCGUUCAAUGACGUACGAUUCCAUCCAUGGUUGGAAGAAGUCGCCGGCCCUUUUACAGGCCGUAGUUAAAUUCUCGGCCCGAUACAGAAACCUGAUGACAAAUUUACAACAGAAUUAGAAACAUAAUAAUUACCAAUAUCUAAUAGGAUUGUAUUCAAUUGAUGAUCUAGGUAGAUCAUCAAAUAAAUACAAUCCACCGCUUCCUAUGAGGAAAUAAUAUUUUUAACAUACAUAAAUCGAACAUUUUCACUUUACACGUGAUGAAUUAUAUUCAAUGACAAUAAUAAAAAUACUCACCCAAAAGGGGUAUUGAAGAUCCGAAGUAUAGAGGGAAUCAAUCGUCAUCUUAUCUCAAGCUAUCCCAUUAUUACUGUAUAUUCUUUAAGGGGGACUUUACUUCUAAAUUACAAUAAUUGAAUUUUAAGUUACUUCAAAAGAUGUCCGAUUUACUUGGACAAUCAAUUAAAUUCUCCUGGAGAGAAUGAGAAUGUACCCCCAAACGAAAACAUUACUGGAAAUUGAAAGAAAAUCUCAAGAAACAGUUAACACUAUGACAGCUGGGAUUAGAAUGAUCGCUCUCCUUUUUCAGAGGCGUCCAGACUGAUCAGUUUUACCAUCAUACUUUAAAAUAUUUACCGAUCGCCUGAGAAUUUCUCUUCGCCCACUCUCUUUCUCCUCAGUAAAUAAGGAAGGUGAUACGUUCAAGCAAGAAGGAAACUAGGAGAGAAAAGUUAUUUCCCUUUUGCAAGUUUAGAAUUAUGGGAUUGAUUCAGCAUACUUCUGGCGUCUAGAUCUGUCGUGAGAAUAGAUAAUUCCAAGUGGGAUCGUGGGAAUCAAGGACUUUAAUAAGAUGCUGAUCAUAAUUAUAACGAUUUUAGAAAUGCUGGCUAAGUUGCCAAUGAACAAGAAUAAAUUUACUAUCUUUAUGGGAACUGAAAAUUACUUACUUAAGAUAUAAUAAAUUCCAUUUAAUAACUCAAAAUUUUGGUACACAACCUACAAAGUAAGAUUAAUGGAACUUAAUAUUAUGGAACUCAGACAACGACGCUGGGAAGAUAGAAUGACUUUUGAAGAGACAUUACGAAAACAUGAAAACGUUAAUAACACGGAAGAAAAAUUAAGUAAUGCUAAAAAGUUGAAAGGUAUGAAGACUACGGAUUACGGUGGUAGUGAGAGAAUUAGUAAUGGGAGGAAACAAUUGAGAAAGGAAAACUGGAAAACUCAAAGCACUCACUGCGAAUCACGCAAGAAAAGAAUCUUAAUGUUUGCUGAUGACACUGGCAGAUUAAUCUGUUCAAAGCUACAUAACAUGACUGAUUCGGAUACAACAGUUUCCGGAAAUGUAUUCUCGGGAGCUGGAUUGGACGUGAUUUUGGGUGCAGUCAGAUCGAACACAGAGCACAGGAAUUUUACAAAAAAUGAUGCAAUUGAUUUGACAGGUGGCUCUAAUGAUGUUAUGAAAUACCGUAAUAUUAAUAGACUUUUGAGAAGAAUUGAUGAGACAAUUGAAACUCUAAGGCAUACAAAUGUUAUAAUGUGUACACUGCCCUACAGAUACAAUCAGUUGCCACAAUCAACGUGUAAUAGAAUGAUUACCAGAUUCAAUGAAGGAGUUAAAAAUCUAACAGAGUAUCAUGGUACGUCGCUAAUUGAACUCAAUGACUUACAAACACAGGAUCACACAUCACUCAAUCAGCAUCUGAAUGGGAGAGGGAAGGUUCAGUUUUCCAAGAGGAUAAUGCAGUAAUUCAGAGCUCUUACAGCGAAAAUCUCAAAUUUACGGAAAGUCGAAGAUUCCAAUUUGAUUGAUCUCUCAUUGUCAACGAUAUCCGAUGAAGGUGACUCCAUUCUGAACAACUCAGACAUAACUUCUUUUGAACUGUCAAUACAUAAGGACUCUUGCGCUGAUGAUAAACAAAGUGGAACAAAUAAAAACUCUUCAACAAA